AUGCCGGUGUGGAAUGCCAACGCCGGCGGCGCGGACGGCCACCCAAGAAGAGAAGCCUCCAAAGUACUUAACAACUACAGAGGAAACAGGCAAUCAGGCCGCAGGACAGUGACAAGAAAUCUCAAUAGAAGCCCUAUUCUAGAGCACAGCCAGCUUGACAAUCAAGUUUCAGACUCAAGGGAGCGAUCCCCGACCACAACUGCGCAAUCGACACCCAGCGUCGAGGGCCCCAACUAUCAUGCAAUCCAAGCAAAGAACAUAAUCCAAUUGGAACUAAAUGAUUCAAGACAUGUCAAUCGUGGCAGGCAGUCCAUUCUUCGCUCUGCCCUUCAACUGGUAAACAGAAUUGCCGAGAGUGAGCCUCAGCAUCCCGACGAAAUCAUAGAAGAGCCUCAGCCUAGCGAUCCUGCUCUCACGAUUCCGGAUGCACCGCCUCGAGAGCUUUUGUUUAUGCUUCUGAAAGAUGGCUACGGCCUUAUUGGAACAUGGACCUCGACUCCAAGGUCAAUUGCUUCACGAACUGUGGACAACCCGCUUCUCAAAUCUCAGUUGUCCCAGUCUAGGUCCACCUACAUCACAGCGACAAUUCGAAGCAUUGAGAAACUGAGCAUACUCAAACGGCCAGAUCUCUCCACCAUACAAGCUCUACUAUCAAGUCACCUGGGGAGACUAAACCAGUGUUGGGUCCUUACCUCUUAUGCUGCCCGACAGAUCGCAUCCCUCAACUACCACAAGAUCCGCAGGAUACCAGCACACUCAGACUUGGAAUUAGAGGUAUACAGUGUUGUUUACUGGUGCUACUAUCUUGAUCGAACUCUGAGUUCGCUUCUUGGCCGGCCCCCUUCAUUGCCUGAUCUCGAGGUCUCCCCGACAGAUCUAAUUGUGCUAGACCCAUGCUCGCCAUACGAUACCCUUCUGCAUGUCUUACUUGAUCUCGCACAGGUCCAGGGGAAGUUACAUGGAAUAUCUUCCUGCGCGAAGAAUGUGUCGAAUAGCCAGGCUUUGGAGACUUGCCAGCUACUUGAAUCUAGAAUGCAGAGCAUCCUUCGAGAAAUGCCGUCGAGCCGUGACUCCCUCCCAAAAAUGGUACAAUAUGAUUGGGUUGCGGUUGACUUCUGCUACUACGCGAUUUUCGUCGAGAUCGACCGAACACGCUUAAAAAGCUCGUUUAGCCCAGCCAUACACAGAGAAUGUCUCGUACAUGCCCGAAAGUCGCUUGAAGCAUUUCACUUUCUCCAGCAGCAUCCGGAAGAAAUGCCGGGGACUUUGUUCUUCUACCCGCUAAGCGCCUUCUUUGUGGUCAUCUGCAACAUUAUCGGAACUUUGGAUCAUAGCGAUUUUGAACUGCUUCAACAAAUAACUCAAAGUUUGUCGCAGUUCAAGCAAGAUCCACAUCUUGGGAAACUCUUGAACCUCCUCCAGUCGCUAGAAGGCCUGUGCGAGCCGCUGUUCCAAGGGGGAAAUUCUGGCCCAGAGAAUAUGUCGUCAAACCUUGGAACAUCCGGCCCGAAUCAACUAAUCGAACCUGUCACUAUGGAUGGAAUUCUUCCGAGCGCUUCCUUCAACAACAAUUUUGGGCUAAGUGAUGAACCGAUACCAAACCCGGACUUGGACGCCUCAGCCGACUGGCUGAUGUGGCAACUCUUCAAUAGCCAGAUUCCAGCGGGGUCAGUCAGCCGACAUCACAAGAGAUGUUGUCCGGCGCUCGGAUUAUUACCGUUUUCGUUCGGGAAUCCGAUGGCUGGGCAUAUCGCUAUUCUCUUUUGGGUUUAG